GAUAUAAUUUCCAUUAGCGGUAACACAGAUAAAAAGAGUGAGUUUGAAGCAAUCGGCAAGAGAGAGAAGAUAAUCCGAAAAAUUGGCCAUUUUCCCCUCGCAAUCUUCCUCAUUCACCAUCAACAUUCCAUCGUCAAUCCCUGCUGUCAUCACACCAAAUCUAAAACCACACACCACCACCGUCAGUUUCCAUGUCUUCUUGAAUUGCUCUUGCUCUGUUUCUUCCUUUGUUCUUCGAUUGUGUGUUUGUGUAGGUUGAUUGAAACAACCCAACGGGAACAAAGUAUUGAUAUCGUGUGUGGUUUGGAUUUUUUUAAUAAUAAUAAUUUAUUGUUAAGAAGAGAUGAAGUUCUGCAAGAAAUAUCAAGAAUACAUGCAGGGACAAGAGAAGAAACUACCUGGUGUUGGUUUCAAGAAGCUUAAGAAGAUUUUGAAGAACUGUAGAAGAGAAUUUCAGUCCAAGAAUGACGUCCAUGGUGUUCUUCAUAACCAAACUUGUCCUCAGCAUUGUCCAGUUUGCGAUGGGACCUUCUUCCCUUCCCUUUUAAAGGAAAUGUCUGAUAUAGUAGGCUGCUUCAAUGAGCGUGCACAGAAAUUGCUUGAACUACAUUUGGCUUCUGGUUUUAGAAAAUACUUCAUUUGGUUCAAAGGUAAGCUACAAGGCAGCCAUGUUACUUUGAUUCAAGAAGGGAAGGACCUGGUUAACUAUGCAUUGAUUAAUGCUGUGGCGAUUCGUAAAAUACUGAAAAAAUACGAUAAGGUUCAUUUCUCCAAACAAGGGCAAGCUUUCAAGUCACAAGCACAAAGUAUGCACAUCGAAAUCCUUCAAUCUCCGUGGCUAUGCGAGCUUAUGGCUUUCCAUAUUAAUUUGAGGGAAACCAAGGUGAAAUCAGGGAUGACCCCUGCAUCGUUUGAAGGAUGUUACCUCACAUUUAAUGAUGGGAAACCAUUCCUUUCUUGUGAACUCUUUGAUUCUGUCAAGCUUGAUAUUGACUUGACUUGUUCUAUAUGCUUGGACACAGUAUUUGAUCCAGUAUCCCUCACUUGUGGGCAUAUAUUCUGCUACAUGUGUGCUUGCUCGGCUGCAUCGGUUAGCAUUGUUAAUGGACUGAAAGCAGCUGAGCCAAAAGAAAAGUGUCCCUUAUGUCGAGAGGCAGGAGUUUAUGAAGGUUUUGUACAUUUGGAUGAGCUUAGUAUUUUGUUAAGGAGAAGUUGUAGUGAAUACUGGGAGCAGCGACUUCAAAUGGAAAGAGCCGAGCGAGUUCGACAGGCAAAGGAACACUGGGAAUCCCAGUGUCAGGCGUUUGUCGGGGUCUGAUUAUACCAAGUUCUGUAAAUCUAGAUUAAACCCUUUUUUAUUACAGUUCAUUUGUAAAUGAAUCUUGCUACAAUGUUCAUUUCUGAAUAAAACUGGGAAAAACCGAAAGCAUAACCCUUCUGAACAA